AUCGUGUGAUCGCGACCGACCUUCCUCCAUUGUUCCUUCCACCGCGUAUUCAUCUUAUUUCCUCAAGAGUAUGCAACGUCCCAGGAUCGCCACUCACCCAAAAUCACGAGAACGACAUAAAGCUUUACGCGCUACUUCCCUUGCCAGUGGUAUUUCAUCUCAGACGUGAGGACAAAGAAGAGUGCCACUGCCUCCGAAUAUAUAUACGACUCGCUCGAGAAGAUAAACCUGAGCUCUUCUUACCCUCUACCAAGAUGGAUGACAAUGACAUUAGCAUGGCAGAUGGGUAUAUGGACCCAGAGUUUCGCGCAGCAAUGUUUCCUCAGGUACCCACCCUCGUUUGGAAGUCGACCCAGGACACGCAAUGCGCUAUCUUGGGAGAAAAGCUUGCUGCAAGUGCACGUCCGGUUGAGAAACCAACUCGCUCCUCUUUGUUCGAUCUAUAUCGAACCCCUUCAGGUUCAUCGUCUGGUCCUACUCUUGUUAUCCCCGGGCGUCGACAGAAACCCGUGCCUAUAGAUCAAGCACCCCGAAAUUAUAAUAGGUCCGCGGAGGAAGAGAACGUAUUCGUACCGCUCUUCAGGAAUGCCGAUAAGACAAUGGAUAAUAAUUCUUAUGCCAAGAAGAGACGUAACGAGAAACAGGCUCUUCGACAGGCCCAGUCUACCGAAGGAGUAUCAAUUAUUGUUGAGGACCCAGUUCCUCAACGUUCAAGUUCGCGCUCUGAACGCUCUAGAGACAAGAGUAGCCAUGUCUCCAAAACCAUCCGCAACGGACGCACCAUGGGGGCGGAGGACAUGGGGGACAUUAGUGCUGAUGGUGGUAUGCAGUCACCAGCUUCCAUACCACCAUCUUCCUGCUCUCCAGGGAUCGUAGAAACUGACGGCGAUGAAUCGCCUAUCUCGGUCUCGAACUCGAAGGCACGAGCAUCACGACCAGUCCAACAAUUGGCAACUCCCCCUACAACCUCGAGUUCAUCUGCACGAACAUCUUCAUCUUCAUCUAUCAAAUCUAAUCCUGUCUCGCGCAGUUCCAGUUCGAAGGCAAUGCCAGAUCAUACAACAAGGACUCCUGCGCCACCCCCUCCUCCUGCCGUAUCAGUUGCACCGACCAUUUCACCGGUACAACGAACAUCUCAAUAUCCUCGACCUACGCCUCCGGCCCUAGGCAUGCGUCGUCCUACGUAUAAUGGUGCGAGUACCCUAGAAUCGAGAUUGGCUGGUCAGCUUCCUACGAAGCAACGUCGUUUCAAGCCACCCUCUGCCCGACCUCCGGGUGGACCAUCGGCAUCAGGAGCAGGGGCAGGGACAGCAGUGGUUCAGCAGCCUUCGAAAUCUGCGCCGCAGCCACAGGCUCAAAUUCGAGUGUCUGAAGCUCAGGAGCCUUCCAAAUCCGCUGCCACCGCUCAUCCUCAACAGCAAGUCGCAGCCCCGAAACAUGCUCCUGUUGCGCGGUCACGAUCACGUUCGUAUUCACCUCCCCUUGAUGCGGACUCCAGUUACGGUAACCUUAGCAUGGAAUUUGACUUCGAUACUAUUAACGAAGUUAUGAAGGAAUACGAUUGAACAAGGACAUCGGGUUCAUCUUUCAUCCAUGUUUCAUUUUUUUCGUUCAUCUAAGAUUAUACCAUGCAUCCUUGAGCUUGCUUCGACAUUGUUGGUACAUGUUUCGUAUACUGCUUUCGUUCCACAUUCGCUAAUAAUGAUCGUUCUAUGUAUCUAGUACGUUAGGGUAAUUUUGACUAUGGUUAUACUGUAGAAGACAGAAGGAAUAGUAUGUAUCUCCAAGGAUAGAAAAACUUCCAUACUUUUGUGCACAAUAUGUCCG